AUGCUGACAGCUAAACUCUGCAAAGCAUGUGAAGGUGGAAACGUCAGAGAGGUGGAGGAGCUCUUGGCAUCCGGAGCCACCCCAAACUUCGCACCGAGUGGGAAUGGCUGCCGCUACCCACUGCAUUAUGCUGCCACCGGAGGGCACGUCGAAAUAGUAAAACUCCUCCUGCAACACGAAGCGACAGUGGAUCCUUUAGAAGCUUCCAAUGGCUGGACCCCGCUGAUGAUAGCUGCGCUGAAGUCAGCCAACUCGCAGAAGCACAUAGACGUGCUGAUGCUCUUGCUUGAUGGAGGAGCGGAUGCUGAAGUAAUUGAUGCGCAGGGAAACACAAUCCUGCACAUCUUGGCUUCUCUGGGCCAGACGAGGCUGUUGAAGCAACUGCUGAAAAAAAUCCCUUCUCUCGACAUUCUGGGUCCAGGUUUCGGCUACCUGACUCCGCUGCACUAUGCCACCGAAGCUGGGCACGUGGAUACGGUUGAGUUCCUCUUGCAGCUGCGGGCGGACCCUCGAGGUGUGGAUGCGAGUGGGUGGACACCUGUUCACUGGGCCUGCAAAAGGGGUCACAAACCAGUUGUAGACCUUCUAUUGAGCUACGGAGGCAGUAUUGAAGAUCGUGACUUCAGGUCUCUGACGCCACUAGAUGUCGCAUGCUUCUUCAACCACAUUCCCUUGGCAAAGCUGUUGGACGCGCAACUGUCCCCAACAGGAAAAAUAGACAUUUCCGUUCCACAUGUUGAGCCGUCAGCCAGUAAGAGCUCUCAUGUCGGUGACGGAAUGCCCCGAGAGGACUCACGAGGCGUUCGAACGCCGCCUGUGGAACAUGAUUGUUCUGCCUUCAAUUCGAGUGCAUGGUGGCGAGGAGGAAAGUAUCACCCGCAUUGGGGUGGAUGUGAGUUGGCUCGCUUGAUCUUGGGGGGGUUUGUGCUCUUCAUGUCUGUUUGCGACUACCUUUCAAGAGCUUCAAUGGCAGCCUUCUUUGUAGUUGCGACACGAACGGUCGAAGGUCUGGGCCCGACGGGCGUCGCUGCAACUGUGCUUGCCUGCUGUUCUAUUGCCAUGCCGAGUGUAGCUCUUGGAAUUUGUUGUAGCGACCAUUUCAAAAGCAUGGGGAUUUGGGUAGCCUGGAGAACUGCUAUGUUCGUUCAUGCUGUGGCUGGCUCUGACCGUGAGGAGGGGCAGGCAACACUACAACCGAGGCGUCUGACACUAGAAGAUUUGCUUCUCGCGAACGUGUUGAGGAGCUUCGCCAACAGGAUUCUUCAUUCUGACUACCAUGCUGCGCUAAAGUUCGCGGCUGCAGGAUGCAUUUUGCCGCCUACUGCACUUGCGUGUUGCUUGCUACUUGUGGCCCAAAUCGUGGUCGUGACUGCGGCAGCAUCCCUGGCUGUUUUGAGUUUGGGGGCACUAAGUUUUGUGUGGAUUUCGGCAUUUAAAGUGUUCCUAAUCAGCCGGCGAGGGCUUCUGCUGUAUCUCGACUGCCUGACUCACGCUUCGGCAGUGUGGAUGAAUUCUACUGAUGGAAGUGCCCAGCAAAAAGGCGACACGCGCACUGCGAGGGCGGCUGAACUUCCGAAAAAUCGAAUAGGACAGGCAAGACCUGUUUCCGAACAUAGGUUCGAGACUUGCGGAGUGAAUGAAGGAAGUGUAUAUCCUUUUGACCCUUCCUCCUCUUCUAGAUUCGGUGAUAGUCCCCUCAUUCCUGGCGAAGAGCUAAAGGCACCCAAGCCUUUCAGCAUGCGUUCACUUGCAAAUGGAAAAACUAACAACAUCGGGGCUCUCCAAGGCAAGGAAACUCUUACUGAAUGUCUGCAUGAUCCGAAUUACGGAGAACGUACUUUCCCAUUGACGCGGGCUACAUACUAUGCCGGCGCUACCCAUUUUGGUACUGUUCCUCAAAAGCUGCAUCCAUGUCCUUCUUUACAAGGUGCCAUACAACUACAUCGUCAGCACCUCGAAGCAUACAGAGAACAGCAGUGCUUAGUAAGGCAGUGGAAGCUUCAUAUUCAACAGCAUGGAAGGGAUGGAACUUCUUCAUCUUGUGCGAGCGGCACUCUGUCGCUAAGAGAACUGGGGCCAGCUGAGCAAAGGCAGGUUCUGCCGGAUAUGGCUAGCUGGAUCCAUCGAGGGAGCAGGGGCAGGCUGUAUGCUGACUCGCCACAAGACCAGGUAUAUGCACAAGAUAGCGGAAGCGCAUCAGUUGUUUGCGAUGGGGCCAAAGAAAUGUACUGGUCAGGUGAUGCUGAGCACGAGUCGACUAUGAGUCCCCGUGCUUGUGAUGAAUCGCGAGCCAUGCGCAGCUCCUUGGAUAAUAACACAAGGAAUCCAUGGCGUCACGAUAUUCUGGCUUUUGCAUACGGUGGCCACUUCCAGGAAGCCUGCGCAGAAUUGGAGGCUACCGCGGAUUGCCAUUCAUUUGAUCCUGGCUUUGAGCGCCUUUUCCCCAAGGAAUCUACCACUCCAAGAAUGACUGACAUGGCCAGCAUGGCGAAGGACAGUGUUGAUUCUCAUUUGCCCGAUUCCAGCCCGUACAGGUGGAUGCAGCAUAAAGUGAAGCAACAGCAUGCUGCUCGCGCGCGCGUUACUCCGCCAAGGACUCCCUCUGUCAGAUCUCGCGCAGCUGCAGAAUCACUUCCGGAUAUUUCGGACAAUCGAAUUGGUACCUCGGAAAAACUUAGCAGUCAUUUCAACUCCCAUCCCAAAGCGGCUUUCCCCUUUGCUGGUCCUCGCUUCAAAGCUGGUUGGAGGGGCUUCAAGCUCAUCUUCACUGAUGCUCGCCCAGCGCGUUGCUUAGCUUCCGCUGAAUGUGUCGAUAAUCGAGAAGAGCGUAUGCAGCGAAACCGUGAGGCCCUAUAUGCUUUUCGUAUUACAAAGAAACGCAUGCAGGGGCCACGCAAAUUUCAUACUGAUAAUGCAGAAUAUGAUGCCCUGCUUGUCCAGAAGCAGAAGCGUAUUUUUGACUGGUUUGACCGGCUCGUAGCCAUUAGAUAUGCUGAGAUUACUGCAAUGAGCGAUUCGGCAGCAACGAAAGUUGGUGACACAACUCCUGAAACAGAGUCUCGUUCUUCGGGAGGCGCUCCAGAGGAAAUUCUGCCACCUAUUGUAAGCCUUUCAACAUCUGUGGACCAGGUGAACAGCGGCAUUCAGUGGGCUACUUUUAGUACGCUUUUCCCUCAGAGUGAGUUCAGGAAGCAGGUGGAUGAUGUGAAAGGAACGUCGGCUGCGUCCACGCUGGAAAAGGAGAAGAGGGUCCCGUGUCUGCGUACUGAGGAUCUAUUUGACCUGCCAGUUGAGGAUUCAGUGGCGCCGGAUGCUCGGGUAUAUCUUUGUGACAAGGGACCCCAGGACCAUCGGGGCCUUUACUCAUCUCGAAAUAAAAUGGGUAUUCUCUGUAUGGGAUUGCCCGCGUCAUUUCACUGGAGCAAAGCUGCUGGUCCUGGCACUUCAGGUGACGGUAGUAGCACGCGUGGAGCUAGUGGAGCAGACCAGCCUGCCCCUCCGAUGCUUCACUACCGAUUUAAGGACAUGGUUGAGUUGCCUCAUUUGCGGGAGACAUUUUUCAGACUUUGGUGCCGGGAAUUCCAAAGGCUACUUUUGUACCAAGAUCAAUACUUUGGGAAAAGCCCCUUGUGGGUAGCAAGCGCUCUUGACGAAGACGGCAUCAGCAACUUUUCACAGGAGUGCUGCCCCCGCCUGAUCAACGCUGAGCCGUGCCCUUCUAUCCAUCCAGGAUGCAUCCAGGAUUAUGCAAACGCAAUUUCAGAGCAUUCCUCCUGGUGCAAAGAGGCGUUGCAGACGGUCCCUCCGCAUAUUUCAGAACCGCAGGCUGAUUGCACGUUGCAGUUUCCAGCAGCAAGCGGGGCUGAGGUAGCUGGAGCAGGCGAAGGGACAGCAGGCGACCAACUAUACAUUUGCACAGGGCCAGCGGAUCCCCCAAUAACCUGCGCCGCUAUUGCCAACCUAGGGGCAUUAGGUACACGCAGGUAUCCUGCUUCCACAAAGGGACGAUGGCUUCCCGGAAGGAGUUCUGCACACGGUUUGCCGAAACCUCGUGGGCCUGUGCUCGCACACAGCAAUCCUGUGUCCGACCUUGUGUCUAUUUCCAGUGGUGUGGAGGAAAAAACAGGGGUGGGAGAUGACGGAGCAGGACGGAACACAGGAAGCAAAUCGGUGUCGGUUGCCGAAGUUUGUCGGUUCUUGUUUGCUCUAUCUUUGACACUGGAUCUCGUUUUGGGCCUCCUCCCUCUUCUAGGUGCCGUCAUUCUUUUCUACCUGUUGCAGCAUACAGUGUCCCCUUAUCCAAAAUCUGAACAAUUGGAUUCUUUUUCGUCCUCAAGUGUUUGUUCAGAUGCAACUGCAUUUACCGCCGUGUUCUUGUCAUUCUCGCGGUCAUCUUCAUUCACUUCGAUGCUUUGUGCGUUUCAGCACCUGUUUUUGUGGAGCCUUGUUUUGACCUCCGGUGUGGCCUUGUUCUAUGCGGCUCUUCUGUCUAGUCAGGCGUCCCGUUUUUUCUUUCCCCUGACGCACAGGACAAAUAGCAGGCAGGCGCUGAGCGGGGCAUAA